AUGUGGAUGCUCGUGCCCAUCGCUUUUGCUGGGAAGCUGCUGAGUGCUUUCAGGAUGCAGCUGAGCUGUCUGUGGAGCAGCCUGGUGCCCCUGCUCCCCAGCCUCAGGGCAGCAUUCCAGCUGGCAGGGACUCAGAGGGGACGGCAGCCACAGGGCAGGAAAGAAGCGGUGGAGACAAGAAGGGAAGAGGAAGAGGGCAUCGACCAGCCCACCACCCCGCUCAGCGUCAACUACCACUUCACCCGCCAGUGCAAUUACAAGUGCGGCUUCUGCUUCCACACGGCCAAAACGUCCUUCGUGCUGCCCCUCGAGGAGGCCAAGCGAGGACUGCUGCUGCUUAAGGAAGCCGGUAUGGAGAAGAUAAACUUUUCAGGCGGAGAGCCAUUUCUCCAUGACCGGGGCGAAUACCUAGGCAAGCUGGUGAAGUUCUGCAAGGAGGAGCUGCACCUACCAAGCGUGAGCAUCGUGAGCAAUGGGAGCCUGAUCCGGGAAAGGUGGUUCAAGAGCUACGGUGAAUAUUUGGACAUUCUCGCCAUCUCCUGUGACAGCUUUGACGAGCAAGUCAAUGUCCUCAUUGGCCGUGGUCAAGGAAAGAAGAACCACGUGGAAAACCUUCAAAAACUGAGGAGGUGGUGUAGGGAUUACAGAGUGGCCUUCAAGAUAAACUCUGUCAUUAAUCGAUUCAACGUGGAAGAGGAUAUGAACGAACAGAUUAAAGCACUGAACCCCGUCCGCUGGAAGGUCUUCCAGUGCCUCAUAAUUGAGGGUGAGAACUCCGGAGAAGAUGCUCUGAGAGAAGCAGAACGAUUCCUUAUUAGCGAUGAAGAAUUUGAAAGAUUCUUAGACCGCCACAAAGAGGUGUCCUGUUUGGUGCCUGAGUCUAACCAGAAGAUGAAGGAUUCCUACCUUAUUCUGGAUGAAUAUAUGCGCUUUCUGAACUGUAGAAAUGGACGGAAGGAUCCUUCCAAGUCCAUCCUGGAUGUUGGAGUAGAAGAAGCUAUAAAAUUCAGUGGAUUUGAUGAAAAGAUGUUUCUAAAGAGAGGAGGAAAAUACGUGUGGAGCAAGGCAGACCUGAAGCUGGACUGGUAACGCCGGAAGUGGAACCGGCCUUCGGCCCACCUGUGGGGACCUCUUACUCAGACUCAAAGUGUGGCCGCCACUGUCAGCAGUGCCUCCUGUUGGCAUUUCUCAGUGGCCCCAAAUCUGGUUUUUUAUUGCACAUGAUAUCUGAUUAUCUGUGGUCACUGAACACCUAAAUAACUUGGAUGACUGACUUCCACAGAUAAUGCAAAACCAUUAACUUUAGUUAAUUAGGUUAUUUUGGAUUUGAUUUUUUUGAGCAGUGUUUACUGUGACUCCUGUAUUUUCAUUUAUUUUUCCAGUCCUUUCACUUGAGAGAUUCAGUUCUUUUCUGCUAAAUAUCAGGAUGCCAAUUUUCACAUCUGGAAAAAUUACAAAAUAUCUCCCCCAAUUAUUUCUGCUUGUUGUAACUUCUUUCUUUUUCUGUGUUUUUACUAUGCAAUCUUGGACUUUUGACCCAGAAGUUUAGAAAUAGUCAACAGAUGUUUCAAAGAAUAAGAAAUGAUCAUCUUAUCAGUCUUCAGUAAGCUCCUGGAAGGAAUAGUCCGUCUACCGAUGCUCCACACAGCCCCUGCCCAUGCUGACUAUUCCAUGAAUGUUAGCUAUCUCUCUUGCUCUCCGUUCUCUUCUAAGAUUCUUAGUAAAACCAAGACACACUUUACAUUUCACGAUGAAGUUGACACGGGGUCAGUGCUUAGGUUGCCGUGUGAAAUUAUUAUACAAGCCACUAGAGUCUGUCAAGCACAAACAUUUGAGUUCAUUUGAGUAGAUGGUUGGCCCCAAAUCUCUGAAAAGUGACAGCUUGCUGGAUUGGCAUGAGCUAUUCUGAAAAAGCACUGGGUGAGUGUAGGAAAGAAUGUGAUGAAGAGUCUAGAAUGUACCUGGAUUUUAUGUAAAUAAAGAAGUGGCACAAUAUAAUAUUUCUCAAUUCACUCUGAAUCACUUGAAAUAAGGUGCAAUCUAGGUCAGUAUGAGAAGAUCUGGGGCCUUCCUUUUCUAAGAAAGAGCUUGAAGGAAGAUGUCACUUAAACUGGGUCAGGGGACAGACUUCUCUCCUUGAGGAAAUAUCACAUGCAGCUUGUUUAUGUGACCUAGACAGUAUCUCAUUGCCUGGGGAACAAUGAUUUCCUAUCAUUGUUUCAAAAAAACAAAAUCAUGGAAAAUUUUUUACCCAAGCAGAAAAAAGAUAAUUUUAAUGCAGUUGCCAUUCCUAUGUCGCUCACUAGGUGGCAUUUAAAUGUUGCCUGAUGCCAUUAACCCACCACGCAAAAAUUCAGCUUCAUCAUCUAUUUUCAAGACUUCGUGAUUUUGAAAGGUUUGGUUUUUAUGAUUCUUUUCUCAGCAAAGACAUUUCUACUUCAAAUUUUAAGUCACUGUAAUUCAAAUGAAAUAUGUUUGUGUCCCAUCUAAAAUAGCAUAAGUUGUCAUAUAUUUUCCGUUUUAUUUUACUUUUCUAAGAGAAAAAUGAACUAGAAAGUUU